CGCGAUCUAGGGAAACUUGAUCAUUUAUAUCAAGCGUAUAAUUAAAGAGUUUUGUCGUGCUCGCGGAGAGCUCGUGCACACAAUGAGCGCCAUGAGGACCAUGUUGGUCUCGAUCGGGCUGGUCGGGAUUGUCGGUGUCGGCUACGGAAUGUGGGCCAUAAUUUCACCAGGAGAAGAGAGGAAAAGGGAAAUGUUGAAGAAUCUGCCCGAGGCCAACCCCCUCCGAAUGGAGGAGAGCAGGAAGAGAAAUGCCCUCAUGCUCCAGGUGCUGAAAGAGGCUGCAGAGACCAAUGAAAACAUUGCACGUGGAAUUGGGAGCCAGAAAUGAUGGAAUGAGUUUUCACAUAUCAGACUUUAACAUGCUACCGGGAUUAUGUACAUAUGCAUGGGAGGAAAAGUAUGAAGGCUGUGACUUAUUUAAAUAAAUUCUCUGCAAAUGCUCCAUG